AUGUUAAACCUCUACCAUUAUGCAUUCGGAGAUUGGGAGAUGUAUUUCCUUCGUCCCAUCACCGCUGUCGGCAACCUCAACUGCCACACUAUCUGGCUUCCCAGGUUUAACGGCUACGGCUCUGCAAUCGUGCCGCAAGGGCAGGAUGUGCAAUCAGGCACGGUUAAGGCGGUUUCCAGCUUGGCAAGGGAGGAGGUAACUCCGGGAACGUGGCUGAUGUGGAUCUAA